CUGAAAUUUUCUAACAUCUUCUAAAUGUCAGAUUAAUGAAGAGCCAAACAGAUGUGUUUAUAGCAGAUGUGCAUCUGGGAUGUCAGAUAAACCAACAGGAAAAUAGUAUGUUCUGAACUGGGGGGAAAGGAGCCACGUACCCAAAUGAAUGGAAAUGAGAGCUUGGACACAGAUUCCCUUCCUACUCUUUGGAAGGUUCAAGUAGUUUGCCUUUCCCAGAGACCUGUCUGGAACAUAGCCACAUGGUGUAGAUGACAUUGGCAGUCACUUUACAUCAGCGAUGAAAGGGUUAUCUGGCAGCCGUAGUCACCAUCACGGAGUGACCUGUGAUUCUGCCUGUGACUCUCUAUCCCAUCACACAGACAGGAAGCCAUACUUGUUAAGCCCAGUGGAGCCUCACCCUGCUGACCACCCUUACUAUACUCAGAGGAACUCCUUCCAAGCUGAGUGUGUGGUCCCCUUCAAUGACCCCCUGGCCAGCAGUACCUUUCCUAGGAGGCAUUACAACUCCCAGCAAGAGUUGAAGGAGGAAUGUGCUCUGGUUCCCCGCACCCUAGCUAACAAGGCAAAUCGCCUUCCUCCCAACCUCCUGGAUCAAUUUGAAAGGCAGCUCCCCCUCAACAGAGACGGUUACCACACCUUGCAGUACAAGAGAACUGCUGUGGAACACCGUAGUGACAGCCCAGGAAGGAUUCGUCACCUGGUCCACUCUGUCCAGAAGCUCUUUACCAAGUCUCAUUCUCUGGAGGGACCGUCCAAGGGUAGCAUCAAUGGAGGCAAAGCCAGCCCAGAUGACACACAGACGAUGAGGUAUGGCAAGAGAAGUAAGAGCAAAGAAAGACGGCCAGAACCCAAAGCCCGUUCAAAUGCCUCAGGUUGGUGGAGCUCUGAUGACAACUUGGAUGGUGAUGUCUGCCUCUAUCAUGCCCCCUCAGCAGUGAUGACAAUGGGCCGGUGCCCAGACCGCUCUGCCUCACAGUAUUUCAUGGAAGCCUACAAUACAAUCAAUGAACAUGCAGUCAAGGCCUCCAGGAGUAAUAAUGAUGUCAAAUGUUCUACCUGUGCAAAUCUUCCCGUCAACCUGGAUGCCCCACUCCUGAAGAAGAGUGCCUGGUCCUCAACCUUGACAGUGAGCAGGGCCCGUGAAGUUUACCAGAAAGCUUCAGUUAAUGUGGACCAGGCCUUGGUGAAGUCAGAAACCUGUCAACAGGAACGAUCCUGCCAAUAUCUUCAGGUUCCUCAAGAUGAGUGGACCGGGUAUACCCCUCGUGGAGGCAAAGAUGAUGAGAUUCCUUGCCGAAGAAUGCGCAGUGGCAGUUACAUCAAGGCAAUGGGGGACGAAGACAGUGGUGACUCAGACACCAGUCCCAAACCUUCCCCAAAGAUUGCAGCCAGAAGAGAGAGCUAUCUCAAGGCUACACAGCCAUCUCUUACAGAACUCACCACACUCAAGAUAUCCAAUGAACACUCCCCAAAACUCCAGAUCCGGAGCCACAGUUACCUGAGGGCGGUGAGCGAAGUCUCGAUCAAUAGGAGCUUGGAUAGCCUGGAUCCUGCAGGACUUCUCACUUCACCAAAAUUCCGCUCUAGGAAUGAGAGCUACAUGAGAGCCAUGAGCACAAUCAGCCAGGUGAGCGAGAUGGAAGUCAAUGGUCAGUUUGAGUCUGUGUGUGAGUCUGUAUUCAGUGAACUGGAAUCUCAAGCUGUAGAAGCUCUGGACCUGCCAAUGCCAGGAUGUUUCCGCAUGAGGAGCCAUAGCUAUGUGAGGGCAAUUGAGAAGGGCUGUUCCCAGGAUGAUGAAUGUGUGUCCCUGAGGUCUUCAUCCCCACCCCGAACAACCACCACCGUGAGGACCAUUCAGAGCAGCACUGGUAUCAUAAAACUGAGUUCUGCAGUUGAAGUGUCAUCUUGCAUUACAACAUAUAAGAAGACACCACCUCCAGUCCCACCAAGAACUACCACAAAACCUUUCAUUUCUAUCACAGCCCAGAGCAGCACAGAAUCUGCCCAGGAUGCCUACAUGGAUGGACAGGGGCAAAGGGGAGAUAUUAUCAGUCAGUCUGGACUUAGCAACUCCACGGAAAGCUUGGAUAGUAUGAAGGCUCUGACUGCUGCCAUCGAAGCUGCUAAUGCCCAGAUCCACGGACCAGCCAGUCAGCAUAUGGGGAGCAAUACUGCCACGGUCUCAACCACCACCACUACAGCCACAGUCACUGCAGAAGAAAGAAAGAAAGACCACUUCAAGAAAAACCGAUGUCUGUCUAUUGGAAUACAGGUUGAUGAUGUUGAUGAACCAGUCAAAGCAGGGGAAAAUAAAGUAACCAGUAAGUUCCAGUCCAUAGGAGUCCAAGUAGAAGAGGAGAAAUGCUUCCGAAGGUUCACUCGGUCUAACAGCGUGACAGCAGCAGUACAGGCUGACCUGGACUUCCAUGAGAACUUGGAAAACUCUCUGGAAUCUAUAGAGGACAAUACCUGCCCGGGACCAAUGUCCAGGCAGUUUUCCCGGGAUGCCAGCACCUCCACAGUGAGCAUUCAGGGUUCAGGAAACCACUACCAUGCCUGUGCUGCAGACGAUGACUUUGACACAGAUUUUGAUCCUUCCAUUUUGCCUCCACCGGAUCCAUGGAUUGACUCUAUCACUGAAGAUCCCCUGGAGGCUGUUCAGAGGUCAGUGUGUCACCGAGAUGGUCACUGGUUUCUGAAGCUUCUUCAGGCUGAGAGAGACCGGAUGGAAGGUUGGUGCCAGCAGAUGGAGAGAGAAGAACGGGAAAAUAACUUGCCUGAAGACAUUCUAGGGAAAAUCCGGACCGCAGUAGGCAGUGCCCAGCUUCUCAUGGCCCAGAAAUUCUACCAGUUCAGAGAACUGUGUGAAGAAAACCUGAAUCCCAAUGCUCAUCUGAGGCCAACCUCCCAGGACUUAGCAGGGUUUUGGGAUAUGCUGCAGUUGUCCAUUGAAAAUAUUAGUAUGAAAUUUGAUGAACUUCAUCAGUUAAAGGCCAAUAAUUGGAAACAGAUGGAUCCUCUUGACAAGAAGGAGAGAAGGGUCCCUCCUCCAGUGCCAAAGAAGCCGGCGAAAGGCCACGUGCCGCUGAUCCGGGAGCGCUCCCUGGAAAGCUCGCAACGCCAAGAGGCCCGCAAACGCCUGAUGGCCGCCAAGCGGGCUGCUUCAGUCCGCCAGAACUCGGCCACCGAGAGCGCCGAGAGCAUCGAGAUCUACAUCCCUGAAGCCCAGACCCGGCUCUGAAGGCACCAGGCCUCUUGACCAAUCCCCAUUCCACAUCCUUGUUCAGUCACCAUGCAGUAUUUGUAACCCAUCCCCAUUCCCCUUCUCUCUCUUAGUCUCUCUCUCUUUCUCUGAAUUUCUCUUUCUCUCUCUCUCUCUCAUUGUCUAUUAGGAUCCCAUGACUUCCACUAUUGCUGUAGUUGUCACUUCCAAGAGACAUCCUAUAAUGCCCCUUGGCCCCUUACUUUUCUGACAAGUUUGCCCAUAUUCCUCAUCAUGCUUUUUAACCCAUGUACUGAUGCUGUCAACAUGCCUCCUGCAGAAGUAUACAAUCCUUUAUUUUCUUGACAGGAAACAAAACACACCUGUAUAGCACACACCAUUGAAGUCAUUCACAAUCCUCAGUUCUCUCUCAAGCUAGUCCGUCACCUAGUGUACAGCAAUAUCAAACCAUAGGGUUUGGAAAUCUAGUAUUGUAGGGUGAUCCUUUGGGACUGACUCUACAGUCUUCCUCAUUAAAGAUGAAAGAAACUAGGGCUCAGAUUCCCUUUUUUUAAAAAUGGCUAUUAUUUUUUAAAACAGAUGGAGCACUUUAUUCUGAACCUCAGAAUCAUACCUUCUCACCAGAAUAAUGAGUCACAAAGAAAAGGGUGGAAUGGACUGGGAUGGAGGAUGGAUGGGGUUAUACAUAGCUGUGUAGUGGAGGAAGGGAGAAGUGAAUUCUCCAAGUGAUGCCUGGGCUAGAAAACAUCCUUCUGAGAGGGACCUGCACCACUCACAGCUGCAUAAACUGCCUCAUUUUAAUUUCAUCAGUUACUAGUUCAAAUGUUUCAAUCAGCAGAAGAUUGUAAUUUUGAUCUUCCAGGGAGAAAAAAAGUCUAUUCUGAAAGGCAAUAAAAUGGAGAAAGGAAAGGAGAGGAGAAAAAAGGAUAAACAAGUUGGAGAUAUUAUAUAAGAGAUUUUCCUUUGUCCAAUUGUUAAGACCCUUUAGACUUGUAAUGUAUUGAUGAUUCCUGUUGUAUUGUAAGGAUUAUAUUGGUUUAAAACAAAAAGAAAGAAAAAAAGGUUGGUUCUGUUCAUUUGUUAAUGUCUUAAUCCUGGUGGGACUAUUAGAUCUCUCUCUCUCUCUCUCUCUCUCUCUCUCUCUCUCUCUCUCUCUCUCUCUCUCUCUCUCUCUCUCUCUC